UAAAAAUGGCCGCAGAGGCUUCCGGGCCCCUCGGAAGCAGAGUGCGCGUUUUCAUAAGCUUGGCCAGGUACGACAGGAAAAAGCGUAGAGUUCGUGAGCAUUGACUGGCUGAGGCAAGAAGCGUUCUGGACGCUGACUGGUUCCGUCGUUCGCGGGAAGGAGUUUGUGGCACCAGCGGGAAGUGGAUUUAACACUGCGGCCGCAGCAGGGUUCUGAGGAGUUAGACGAACUCACCAGACAGGCGUCUUCUGGACAUCUUUCCUGAGGGAGUCGGGACCAAGAUGUGGUUUAGUGGAUCUGAAAGCUACAGCAGCUCCUCCUUUGGCGGAGCGGGCAGCUACACGCAGUCGCCCGGGGGCUUUGGAUCGCCGACACCUUCGCAGGUUGAAAAGAAAUCAAGGGUCCGAGCCCAGCACAUUGUACCCUGUACCAUAUCUCAGCUGCUUUCUGCCACUCUGGUUGAUGAAAUGUUCAAAAUUGGGAAUGUUGAGAUUUCACAGGUCACUAUUGUGGGUAUAAUCAGACAUGCAGAAAAGGCCCCAACCAACAUUGUGUACAAAAUAGAUGACAUGACAGCUGCACCCAUGGAUGUUCGCCAGUGGGUUGACACAGAUGUAAGCAGUUAUUUUUGA